CCCCACGUGGAGCCCCGCCUCUAAGCGGUGCGGCCCAAGGAUUCCCACUGUGGUUCCUGGUGUGCUCUCCCGAUGGCGCCUUACGAGGAGGUGAGUGUGUCCGGCUUCGAGGAUUUCAGCCGGGCUGUGGAGCAGCACAAAGGCAAGACCAUUUUCGCCUACUUUACCGGUUCUAAGGACGCCGAAGGGAAAAGCUGGUGCCCCGACUGCGUGCAGGCUGAACCAGUCGUACGAGAGGGGCUGAAGCAUAUUUGUGAAGGAUGUGUGUUCAUCUAUUGCCAAGUAGGAGAAAAACCUUAUUGGAAAGAUCCAAAUAAUGACUUCAGAAAAAAACUGAAAGUAACUGCAGUGCCUACACUACUUAAAUAUGGAACACCUCAAAAGCUGGUAGAAUCGGAAUGUCUUCAGGCCAACCUCGUGGAGAUGUUGUUCUCUGAAGACUAACAUUUGAUGAUGACAAUUGUGUCUUCUGAUGUCCUGAUUUGCAUGCUUGCUUUGAAUUCAUGUUAGCCAUAAAUAAAUAAUGAUGACAUAAAAACUGGUGCACCAAA